AUGCUGCGGCCAUGCUGGGCGGCGUUGUGCCUAAUCUUUCCAACAGUUUCGGGCCUGGCCAUGUUGGAGCUCGAGAACAGAAAUAUCUCAUUUCCUUUGAAAAUCGACUAUUUGGCCCCUUUUUCUUGCGCCGUCACUGGAGAUUGUGAUGAUCAAGGUUGGUCUUUUGACUUUGAAAAUGUAAAUUUUGACUAUAAUUCUCAUUCCUGACUUGAAAGGCGAGAUGGGUAGAUUGGAAAAGGUAACGCGUUGCGUGUGCGACGCGGCUUUUGGGAGGAUUCUUGAGGUCAAUUUUUGCCUCCCUUUUUUUAUGUUUUUCUUCUAUUUUUUAUAAUAAAUUUCGAUUUCUUAUGGUUUGGAAAAAAAUAUAGAUGAACGACUAUGAGUAUAAAAAGGAAAAAUAUUCGUUUUUCUCCACACUUUUUUUCCAUGAUUGCGUGGGACCCCGCGUUUCCCGCCAAAAGCCGCGUCGCACACGCAACGCUUCACUCUCGCCAAUCUACGCAUCUUUCCUUUCGAAUCGGAACAUUGUCUUUGUUUCCUUAAUUGUUAAAAGUUCAGGAGCGGCUUACAUGCCAGCAACUUUGAAGCUAGCACUACAAAAAGUGAAUUCCGAGCCUUCUUGGGAGUAUUUCCACAAUUGCACAGUCAAGUACAUCGACACGACCACUUCAGGACCAAAAAUGACUAGAGAUGGUGAAAAUAUCGUGCAAGUUCAUUCACCGUUGCCUUGGAACAAUACUUUUUCACAAAAUAGUGUGUGAAAAGAAGAUUUUUAUACAUCUUCGAAGAGUUCCAAGGUAGCGGUGAAUGGAGUAUACUAAAAAAAGCUUUCAAAAUAAAAGUCGAUAAUUUCAGCGACGGAAGACUUGGACACGGUUGGGAUCAUGGGACUUAGUGAGGAUUGCUACAUUGACUCGACGAUUUUGAACAUCAAUGGGAAAAUCGGAGUUUCCGAUGUGAGGAAAAAUAUACUUUUGGAGCGAAGUCUUCAAUAACUAAAGUUAGAUGUAAAAACGGCUUCUCGCCUCGAAAUCUUUUUGGAUUCGAGCUCUGCGCCUUUAAAACUGAAGUAUGAGAUCUAUUUAAAAGAAGAUUCUAAUGAAAUCGUGGUAUGUUGAGUAAUAAGAACUAUUAAAAAAACAUUGAGAAAAAUUAUUUUUUUCAGCUUUUCUUUAAUUAUUAUAAAACUACAAAAUUUCAGAUCUGCCGGAUGGACCUCACAUCUUUCAACGGUUACGAUAGAUCCACUGUCCUGAUAAAUUCCGCUACUGAUAGUCUUUCAAAAGUAUUUUUGAACUUCAAAUUUCAAAUUUCAAGUCGCAACUUUCCAUUUUCAGGCGGUUCUUUAUUUUUUGAACUUGUUCAACUGGAGUAAUAUUGCAAUCAUAUCCCCGUCGACUUCUGUGACCUCUUAUGAUGCAAGAUCUCGUUCUCAGAUGAUAGGUAAAUCGAUUUUGAAGUUUUAAGUCAUAAGAAAUACCUAUAUUCACUUCUGAGAUUACGAAAAAAAACUAAUUUUUCUUUUUCGAAGGGUACUGUAAGUGAAAAUCCACAUUUGGCGCGUCGGGUGUUCGCACAAAUUUUUUUAAAGUUGUAUCUAAAUGAAAAACAACUAUAGGAAACCGUUGAAAUAAAAACUUUGGAAUAUUAAUGGAAAAGAAGCGUGAGACCACUCAAAAUGUGCAAACACGCAAAGUGCCCUCUGCGGACUUUCGUAUACAGUACUCUUCGAAAGAGAAAAAAUCGCAGUUGUCGAGAGACCGGGGGUUUAAAAAAAGAACAAGGUUUUUGAAGCAAAAAAUGAAUUUUUCCAGGUGAUUCUAAUUUUUUUCAGACUUAUUGCUAGCCAACUCUAUAAAUAUCCUAUUCGACAGUCGGAUUGACCCUUCCAUCAGCCCUUCAGAACUAAUUUCUCGUGUCGCCAAUGAAUCUCAAAGAGCUAGAAGUAUCAAAAAUCCAUAUUUCUCUCUUAAUUGAUAUUAUUUUUAGUUUUCGUCGUUGUUGACCCCACCAAGAACGCCUCGCUUCUAAGAAAGUACAUAUACUCACUGGGAAGUCUGAAGAAAAUGCAGUCGGGCGCUUAUUUUGUCAUCGGAUUUGUAUCCUACGACACCAACUCGGAGUGGCUCGAAAGCAAUAGUCCCAACGAUUCUCGUCACUUUGGAGCUUCUGGAAGUUCGUAGAAUGUCAUUUCAAAAAUAUGAUAUUGAGGAAAACAGAGGGAACUUGAGUGUUUAAAAUGGAAUUUAAAAGCUUCGAAAUUAUUUAAAACGAGAUUAUUAUCUAAUGAUAUGAAUUUAUGAAGCUUCAAAUCACAAGCGGGAACAAAGAGCAUAACAAAAAGAUGACAGCUCCGAAAUGUUCAACUUUUGUCCGUAAAAAUUAACAAAAAAAUUGCUACAGUUGAAAAAAAAACAAGUACACAUCUUUUUGGAAAGUUCGUACAGAGUUUACAAUAAUGGGGACUGUAACAUAAAAAAUAUAAAAAUAAAAUAAAAUUGUAAACAAAAGUAAAAUUAAUUUGCAAAAGAACCAUGGUUCUUUUGCAAAUUAAUGGUACCAUGAAUCUAUUGUUUAUUGUUUGAAUAAAAAAAGUAAUUUUUAUUAUAUCAUUAAACUUUUUGAAUGAACUUAUAGAAAAAAAUAUCUUAAUGACAGGGAAAAGAAUUUAGAGAAAAAAAUUAUUGAGAAGUAAAAUAUAAACUUCUUUAUUUAAUUUUUGCGCGUCGAUGCGCGUCGGGCGUGCGAUAAUGCGUCAUUCUGUUUUAAAAUGUGGUUUUCUUUUUUUUUUAAUUUCUAAAAGUUCUAAUUUUUAUUUUACUAAUUUUUUCGUUUUCUCUUGCUGAUUCAAGACUUUGAUAGCUUAAUAAUUUUAGUCAAUUACAGUUGAUGCCGGCUUCAACAUCACGGAAGACUCUAUAACUCAAAUCUACCGCAACCUAAUAGUUCUUUCGGACGCUCCUCCCCCCACCGGCGUCUAUUCAAAAUGGGACGAUUUUCGGCAAAAUGUCAUGGAUACAGCCAGCCAAACUGUCUUCUGUCCGCCAUUCUGUAAUGGAAAGUCUAUUAAAAAAGUGAAAAAUUCAAAAAAUGAAUUUUGGCUGAUUUGAACUUUUCAGAGUGUAAAUCCUCGCUGGGAUCGUAUAAAGGCGGCCGUCGAUUCUGUACAAUAUCUGGCCGAGUCCGUUUCUGACGCUCUUUCUCACGGAGCCGAUGUUUAUAACUCGACGGUCUUUUAUGAGUUUCUGCUCAGUCGCACAAUUAACAGUGAGUGACCCCUAGAGGGAGGUUUAAUUUCUUUGUGGUCGGGACUUUUCCGAAACACGUGUUGGCUUGUCAGAUAGAGCUUUUGGUAGUCUAAAUUUUGAAAAAAGACUUGAUCUUUGAGAAAAAAUUUUUCCUGAAAACUGCUUGAACUUUUUGAAAACUUCCACUUUUUGCUUGGAAUUUUUGUCGAUUUGAAUACUCAAAAUCAUCAUUUAUAUCAAAAUAUGGCUUCGAUCAAUUUUCAGAAAUUUCAAAGUUUUUUUAUUAUUUACCUUUUUAGGUAUCGCCGGCACCACGGAAUUCAUUGAUGGUUUUCGGAAAUGCAGCACCUUCCAUGCAGGUUAGAAAAAAAAAACUUUGACAGAAAAAUCAAAGUUUUAAAGGUUUACAACUUCUUUUGGAGCAGUUCGAGAUCCGCCUUUGCACUGUGGGCUUGUGGAAAAUUGGCCCAACUUUCUUUGCUCGAUACUCAAAUGGUUAGUUUUUCACAUUUUUUUCAAGGAUACCUGUAGAUUUAUCAAAAAGACUUCAGUUGUCGACUUAUAGAAGAAAAAUCAUAUUUUUCAUAAAAUUAUUAUUUUUUUGAGAAGGGAAAAAAACAUAUCUUUAUAUGAUUUGAAAAUAGACGGAAUUUUUUAGUAACAAAAAACUUUUCUGUUUCAAAAGUGAUUCGAAAGGAACUCCUUUGACUUUUUCAAACAGUAAUGAUGAUUUCAAAGUCGAUCUCUUCCCACUGAAAAUCUCAUUUUAGAAGCAAAAAUCCAUGUUUUUCAUGUUUCAAGUUUGAAAAAAGUGAAUUUCAAGGCUCUGAAAAACUAUUCGGAGCCCCUGACGAUCAAUUUCAUCAACGGAACUCCGCCCAUCGACGUUCCCGAAUGCGGAUUUUUCGGGGAAAGAUGCGGUCCGCCGCCCAACUACACCUUCAUCAUUGUCAUUUCCUCCGUCGCCGGUCUUCUGAUCCUACUUCUCAUCGCUGCUUUCUUCUUGUUCAGGUUGAUCCAACGGAAAUUCUGAGGAAGCUCAAAAAAUGAACCGCAAAAUCAGAAAAGUCAAAAAAAUUUGGUAGUAUAAGUCAUUUUUAGACUACAAGGGUUCUGUUUUCAAAAAUAACAAUUAAAAGUUCACUUCUGCUCAGAAACGUCAGAGUGGUCCCUAUAGGGGCCAUUGAAGGUUCGCCUCUUAUCACUAUAAACUCUGUACGAACUUUCCAAAAAAGUACCAAUUUGAUCUGUCAACUAGGAAAAAGGUUAGGUUUUCACUAAAAGUCCUACCGUAACCCUGUGAGGGGGCGGAGCCUUACAGUAACUACCCCUUUCGUCGCCGGUCUUCAGUAUCCUUAUUCUCAUCGCUGCUUUCUUCUUGUUCAGAUUGAUCCAACUGAAAAUCUAGAAAAGCUCCAAAAACGACCCUCAAAGUCAAACCCUAAAAAUUAGAACCAUAAAAAUUCUUUAAAAUUAGUCAUUUUGAGACCUCUUUCUGGUCAGAAAUGCUAGAAUGGUCCCUAUAGGGACCCUUGAAGGUCUAGGACCUAAUCUCCCGCUAUAGAGGUCACUAAAGCUUGCAAAAGUGGUCCCUCUAGGGGUUUCAGUUAAUGACCACUCUAGGGGAGUAUUUUCAUGGUCCCUACACGCCUUUUUACUUAGGGGCAGUAAAAAAUGGGGUUUCAGGUGAAAGCAGUAUCUUAUAUAGUUUUUCUUUGCGAAUCGAAUGGUGUACUCAAAAAAAUUAAAUAUGUGACCACUUUAGAAUAAAAACGCGAUUUUACUUUCCCGCCUUUAUUUUUGAAAAAAGCUUUGGAUCGGUAUGCAGACAAAUGUUUACAAUAGCCGUGCACGCGAUGUUGCGGACGUCUCAUUAGACUCGCAUUUUGUGAGAAAUAACCGGAUACCUGCUUCAAAUCAAGGGUUUCUUCUCUGAAAAAAACAUUUAGUCAAACAAAAAAACACAUACCAAUAAUAAAUAAAAUACAAAAUAAUGCUAUCCCAAUCGAAAUUUGUGUAAAAUCAUCAUUUUUCACCAAAGAAGCAUUUUUGCGACCAAAGUUUGCAAAUUAUACAUGAAUAGAAAGCUUUUGUGACGAAAAGAACUUUGGUGUCAACAGAAAAAAUUUAAAUUUGAAAGAAACGAAGAAAAAAGCGAAAAUGCGAAAAAUGGCGAAGCCUGUUGUCCAUAGAGCAACUUUACUGCAAAGUGCCCUUUUCGCGGGAACUCAAGCUUUCCUUUCUCCGACUUUGAAUUAUUUUUUCUCCAAAACUAGGAAGUUCGGUACGUUUUCAAGUUUACCGCUCCAUUCGCAAUGAAAAGCUCUACAAAGUAAUGCUUUGAACUGAAACGCCGUUUUUUACUGCCCCUAUGCCUUUAAGUCAGAAAAAAAAAACUGAAAGACCGCUAGAGGGACCACUCGAGAUUUCGGGGUCAUGCUUUAAACUCCUAUAGGGACCACCUAAAUUUUAUCCCUAAUAGGAGCAUUUUUGUCCUCUCUAGGGGCUGUUUUCUCUCCUAACCCCUAUAGUCACCACUCUAUCGUUCUUGAGUGGUAUAUCAAAUAAAUUAAGAUUUUAUCCGAAAGUUUCACGACUGAAAACGAAAAUCCAGACGGUACCGAUACGAGCGACGUCUCCACGCCUUGUCAUUCUUGAUCGACAGGAAAAAUAUCGUCCUGAAGAAACACGUGAAUUUGAUGAGCCAGCAAAGCUUGAGGAGCAUGGCCAGCAUGACCGGCUCUUUCAUCGAGGUUCUAUCCAAAAGAAGUGCUCGGAAAACUUGGAAUUUUUUAGCCCCAAGCUCUGAACAACAGCCACUUCCUUCUGGAUGACUACCGAGGCGAAGAAGGGACCGGCACCCAACAAGACGUACUGAGAAAACCUUCGAUGGAAGUCAUCAACGAGUCUUCCGAUCCGAAUGCCACGACGGAGGACCUUCGAUGGCACAAUGUCUGAUUUUCAGCUUGUUUUAAGACCUAGGGACAGUAUAAAUAAGUCGUGCAAAAAAAAAAUCCAAAUUUUACAGUUUUGCUUGAAAUUUCUCUUAUAGUCUGUGUGCCACGACUUGGAAUUUUCCCGAACGACAUUCCGCUGGGCCCCUGCGCGCCUUUGCAAACCUUGGUCGCGCUUUUAAUUUUUUUUUUUCUUUUAUUAAGGUGUUCUACUUUCAUGUACAAUAACAAUCAAUUGAAAGCGUGACCUAGAUUCAAAAGAUGCUUCGCGACCGCACGCAGCGGAACAGCGGAAUGUCGUUCGGUGAAAUUUCAAGUCGUGGCACACAGACUGUACUUAUAGCCGAUUCACGGCUAGCUUGGGGCGCAAAAAGGCGUGGCCUGUCUUUCCUUUCUUGAUUUUCUCAUGACUCUAAUGUUUCCGGUUGCUCUCAAAAGUUUUCCAUUGUGGAAGCUUACAAUGAACAAAAGUAUUGCCUUUUAGGGAUAAAAUAUUACGGUAACCAUUUCCUCACCAUUUUUGGCGCGAAUGCCUUACAAGGGAGAUAUUUUACUUUGCUGUUGGGAUUUUCCUGAAAUUUGGCCACAUUACUUCUUGAUGUAGGAGAUGAACAUCCUGAAAGUCUCAACCUGAAAAACUGCAAAAUUUUCGAGAAUUGACGCCUCAAAGUCGAAGAAAACCCUAAAAGUCCGUUGAAACAGGGCAUUUUGGGAGUUUGAGCGCCUAUUUUUUGGAGAAUAAGACGUAUUGCAAUUUGAGACUUUCAGGAUUUUUUUUGUGUUACAUCAAAGAUUAUUGCGACCGUUUCACAGGGAAUUCUAACUAGGGAAUGGUCUCCAUUCGCUCUUAGGACAACUUUAGUAGCGUCCGCACUCUUAAGUGAUCCCUCAAAUCGUUUACCAGGAAAUGGUCUCCUGUCGCAGUGAGACUUCUGAAUGAGACUAGGUUCACUAGAUGUAGUUUUCUACGCUGAUUCCAAAUAUGUGCUCAAAAGUUGCCCUCGAGGCCUGUGAAAAAAGUUAGGGGCCCUCAAAAGUUGAAAAUUUCAGAAUUGAGCUAUUUUUUUGAGGGUGUAUAGUAUAUAGUCCUUGUUUCCCCUGUCACAAAAAAAACCAUGUAACUUUUUUUCAAAAAAGUUCUGGAGCCCAUAUAUUACUUUUCAAAGCUCGGCGCGGGAUAAGAACAUGCGGGCGCGGUGUCCUAUUGCGAUCCUAGUCUCAUUCAGAAGUCCCACUGCGAAUGGAGAUCAUUCUUUAGUAAUUAAAUAACCUUCCUUGUUGGAAAAAAAGAAUGGAAAUUUUACAGCUUCCCGACUUUGCUGUAGGUCUUCAUCAAGGCCAGACCAUCGGAUUGAAGCGAAUCUACAGGAAUGACAUCGAUUUCACGAGGAACAUCAGACUUGAGCUUUCCCAUGUUUGUUUAUUCUCAUUUUCUAGUUCUCUCGAGGGUUCGAUCAAUUUCCUUCUUGAUUUGGGGGUCUACAAAUAAAGCCGAGCUUUUUGAAUAUACUGUUGCAAAAAAGUUCUGAUAGUUCUUGGCAAGGUAUUUUGGUCAAAAGAUUCAAAAAAUCGAUCAGUUUUUGUUAGAAAUACCUCUUUAAUCUGAGCAAUAACUUGAAAAACCCCUAUAGGGAUCACUUGAGCGAAUUCUAUUAGGAUCUGACAGAAGAAAAGGCUUCCAGUUGAUGGACCUAUCCCACGCCAACGUCAUCGGCUUCGUCGGAAUGGUCGUCCAGGCGCCCGACGUCUUCAUAGUCGCCGAAUUGGCUCAAAGGGGCUCCCUGAAAGAUAUUCUCGACAACGAUGAGCUGCCUCUCGACGAGCUUUUCAUGAACCAAAUGACCAAGGACAUCGUUUCGGUAAUCGAUUAAUCACCUUUUUGAAGAAGCUGAAUUUAGAGACCGAAAAAUCAGCACUCAAUCUUCAAAAAUCGCUUUCUACAAAGAAAAAAAUAACUAAAAACAAUCAAUGACUUCUUGGGAAAGAUUUUAGUGGCCCCUAUAGAGGCUUGCCAAGACUAAUUGGAGAGGACACUAAAAUGGCCACUAAACCCACCUCUAUAGUGGCCACUAUUUUCCGUUUUAGUCGCCACUACAAAGAUUCUCUAUUUAGUGGCCACUUCAGUAGUUUUUCAUCCAGUAUUCCUUCCAGUAACUCUGAUAAACUUUAAAAAAAAACAGACUGGACCAGUUAUGUUGAUCCAUUGACCCCUAAAGUGGCCACUUAAAUUUUUAGUGGUCUAGUAAAAGCACUUAGACUUCUACUGUGGCCACUAAUUUGACUACUAUACUGGCCACUAAAACGUCAAAACCCUAUAGCGGUCACUAAAACUUUUCCCAAUCAUUCGGCAAAAGUUCGAGCUGUCUAGCUUGUCUGCACUCUCUUUUCUUGCCAGAGGCUAGAGAAAAAACGAAAAAGCAUGUAAACACAAGAGAUUUUGAAUUUUUAAAGCUCCGCCCCAAAUUCCGCGAUCAACCAAUAAGAGAGCGAGCAAUCCACGGCGUUUUUUUUUGGCCGCCCAUAUUUUUUCCGUAAAGCGUAGUGUGUCGUGUGCAUGCACCGCGGCGCUCUCGCACAUGCCACUUCAAAAUCAUUUCUACGAAUUUCAAAACCAUAUUUGAAAUUCUGAAAUUCAGUCUUAUUUUUCACUCUUUGGUGGCUAUUUCGAAUUUCGCGAAAUUAAUUUCAACACGGCACUUGUUUGUUGAAAAAAUGAAAAAGAAAAAUCGCGUUUUUCUGAAAGGAUAAACAGAUUCGUCUCAGGACCCAUUGAAAAUGUGUCUUUAAUAUUUGCUGUUUUUACGCGUUUUUCCCAUGCCCCAUUCAUUUUUGGAAUUACAUUUUCUUCCACUAACAAUAACGCCGUGCCUUCAGAAAGUGUUUUCGAAUGAGGUCAUUUAUCAUCAAAAUCUGAACAGAAUAUAAAGAAAAGUUAUUUUUUCGAGUUGAAGCGAAUCAUUGACUAAAUGAAAAAAAGCAAUUUUAAUAAAACCCAAAUGACGAUGGUACUUUUUAGGGUCUGGAAUACCUCCAUCAAUCACCAAUAGGAUGCCAUGGAAGGCUGAAAUCGACGAAUUGCUUGAUCGACAGCAGAUGGACCGUCAGAUUAUCCUCCUUCGGACUUCGAGAAAUGAGAGGAGAAGAAAAUCCGAUCAGAGAAGGCAUCCAGGAGGGAAAAGGUCUGACCUGACACCGAUUUGUCUCAUUCUGGAACUUGAGACGAGCUCUGGACGGCGCCGGAGUUGCUUCGCUGGUCGACUGGUCUUGCCCAAUGCUCCCAUCUUCUGGUCCAGAAAGCCGACGUCUAUUCUUUCGCCAUCGUUCUUUAUGAAAUCUUCGGCAGAGCUGGACCUUGGGGCGAGGAGCCCAUGGAGCCCAGACGUGAGAAUGGCUGGACUUUAUGAAAAAUUCUGAGCAUUUUGAGCCGAGAUAUGAAAUUUUGAAGAUGUGAGUGGCAAAAAUGACCCAAAAUUCGAUAAUCCUAAUGGUUUUUAUUACAGUAAACAGAUUUUUAUACUCUUAUGGAUUUGUUACAGUAAUCUGGGAUUUUUUUUCUUCCAGCUAAAAAUAAAUGGUAUGUAUUGUACUUUCUACAAGUUCCGACCAAAGUUUUGAAGUUUCAAAUAAAAAAAACUGUCUGACCUGUCUGCGUCUCUCUUUCCCUGGUCGAUGCGUCAUAGAAACCUUGAGAUAAUACGGAAAAAUAAGAGUGUCGUUGAGAGAAAAGAGAGCGCAGAGAAAUAAGAUUUUUCAAUUUUUUGACAAAGAGUCUUCAUUCGUCAAAAAUUGAUAAUGCACCGAAACGUUCGAAAAUGGACUUUUGAAAAAAUUUAGCGGCCACUUAAGUGGUUAUUUUUUGUCUCUUUAGUGUCUUCUUGAAUUUAAGAAAAUGCCUGUUACAUCGAAGUAUGUGGAUUUUCAAAAAUUAUCAUUUUUCUCCCAGAAAUCGUAAGCCGAGUGAAGAACAUGGAGUCAAAGAAGCCCUUCCGACCGGAUUUGGCUGUUCUGAAGGUUUUGAAAAUUAAAAAAAACGAUCAAUUUGAAUUUGUUGAAUUGCAGGACACGCCCCUAGUUGUGCAAGAAACAGUGCCGGAAUGUUGGUCUGAAGAUCCCUUGAACAGACCCUCAGUUGGUCAGAUUCGACGCAAAAUCCGCAUCUUGACGGCUGGAUUGUAAUAUUUAGAGAUAUGUUAUGAAUGGAAGUUAUGAUGCCUUGGAGGCACGAAGAGUGCGCCCGACUUGAAGUGACUUGCGCGCGGCGAGAUUGGGGAAAAUUAAAAAAAGAUGCCGGGAAAUGUUAGAAAAUCGCAGUUUUGAAUAAUAUUAGGAUUUUUUGAUGCGGUUUUUGAGGUUUUUUCUGAAUCUUUGCUUGAAAAAGUCAGAGAAAAUUGAUGACCGAUGAAAUUUUAGAAAACCCGGAUCGCGGAGAAAAUCAGUUUCGCUCGUUUAGUUGGAAAAAAUGCGUGGGACUAUUUCAGAUUUUUGAAAUUUUCUCACAGAGCCGUCAUUUUUUAAAACCCAGAACGGAUCAAAGCUUUAAAUUUUUUUAUUUCAAUUGCAAAUUCUUUCUCCGUUUCUCAAUCAAGACGUUCCAGAAAUCGGGCUUUUUUUUGGCCGCAUUUUUUCAACUUUGAGCCGUCAUAACUUUUUUCUAAGCCUUUUUCGUCGGUUUUCGAGCGAAGAUUCAGAAUCAGCGUGAAAAAUUUCUUAAAGUAGACCUCGCAUUUUUCAAAAAUUGAGGCCUGAAACUAACUGAUUAGUUUUUAAGUUGGUUCUAGAUUCAAUCCCAACCGCAACGCGAACGCGUCUUUUUGAGCCAUUCCACGUGCGAUCAGAGCUUCUUAAUUGCCCACACUGUGAAAAAAAAUCUCCUAAGGAAACGAACAAUCAUGGACAAUAUGGUGGCGAUGAUCGAAAAGUACACGGCCAAGUUGGAGAAGGACAUCGCGGAAAGGAACGAAGAACUGGCCAAGGAGAAGGAGAAGAGCGACAUGCUCCUUCAGAUGAUGCUUCCUGAGUUGGAAAAAUAUCAAAGGAACAGGAAAGAGGAGAAGUUUCAGCGUCGUUGCUGAAAGUCUGAAACGCGGCGAGAGGGUCACGGCGGAGCAGUUCAACAGCGUCACUGUCUUUUUUUCGGAUUGUCCCGGAUUUGCGGACCUCAGUGCGACUAGUGAGCCCAUCGAGGUAUGUUUAGCUAACUGAUUUUGGACGUUUCGAAAUCGAGAACUUAGGAAUUUCAAAGUGGUCCCUAUAGGGCUUAGGGGCCGGAAAAGUGCUCCCAAUAGGGGUAAAAUCAAGAUGGUUUCUAUAGGGGUAUAGACCCUGACUCCUUAGUCCCUAAAGCUUAAAUGGUCCCUAUAGGGGCAAGAUCAAGGUGAUCCCUAUAGGGGUUCAGGGUCAGACUCCUUAGACUUGAAAGUUCAAGUGGUCCCUAUAGGCCCUAUAGGGCUAAGGGGGGAAAUAGGGGCCGAAAAAGUGGUCCCUAUAGGGGCAAAAUCAAGAUGGUCUCUAUAGGGGUUCAGGGUCCGACUCCUCAGUCCUUAAAGCUUGAGUGGUCUCUAUAGGGGUCUUUCAACUCUAUUUUAAAAAAAGGCUUAUUUCUUUAAUUUAUCCCAUGGAAAUACUUCUGCGCACAGAGUAAAAAAAUUAUCGACUUGAAUUUCCCCUAUAGGGACCAUUUUUACAGACUCUAGUGGCCCCUAUAGGGGUUGGUAAAGUGGUCUCUGAGAUUGCCGCUAUAGGAAGCACUCUAAAGUUCCCAAAAAAGCUAACUUUUAAAUCAAAGGAAGUUUUGAAAAUUAACCACAAAAAAAAUCCAGGCUGAAUAAUCUUCAAGCUAUUAUCUACUAAUCAACAGAAAAAUCAAACGAAAAAAAUGAUUGAAUGAUAAAAAAGGAACGGAAAAUACUAGAAAUUGAUUAGUUUUCAAUUUAAAGAUCGUCGUGUUCCUGAACGACUUGUACACCUGCUUCGACAAUAUUCUCACCAAUUUCGACGUCUACAAAGUUUUCAAGAAAGUUCAAAUAUUCAUCGAAAAAGAAAUAUCAAGGUCGAAACGAUCGCCGACGCCUACAUGGUCGCCUCAGGGCUUCCGCUUCAGAAUGGACCCCAUCACGCCGGGGAAAUCGCCUCUUUGGGCCUGACUCUUCUGAAAGCUGUCGAGGUUUUCUUCGAAUUUACAUUUCUUGAGCUGAUUUGUGAACUUAGAACUUUGAAAUCCGCCAUCGUCCCGGGGAAAAAGUCCGUCUGAGGAUUGGAAUGAACUCUGGGGCCGUCGUGGCUGGCGUCAUUGGACUGAAGGUUUAGCAUUUUUUACAGUUUUUGAUUUCUUUUUUAUAGUUUGUGAAAAGUGAAAAAUUUCAUUCCUUGGUUUCAUUUUUUUUAGAAAAGCUUAAAAAACCGACUAAAAUUUCCAGAUGCCCCGGUACUGCCUCUUCGGAGACACUGUCAACACUGCGAGUCGUAUGGAGAGCAACGGAAUUCGUAAGGAUUAUUGUAAAUCUUUCCGAAAAAUGAUCAUUUUGAAGCUCUCCGUGUGAACUGCUCAGAAUCUUCAAAGCAAAUCCUCGAACAACUCGGCGGUUAUGACAUUGAGGAGCGCGGACUCAUCGAGAUGAAGGUUUGGAAAAAUUCCAAGAACCUCUUUUCGAAUAAAUCUUUUGGAUUCAUUUGAACCAGAGCUGUGCUUUGGGCCAGCCGGGCUGGCCAUAGUGUUGCAACGCGGUCGCGAAGCGGUCGAAAAUUUGCCAAUUUUCGAACUUUUUUGCCUCGAAAUUUUCACAGAGUGUGUAAAUGGAGGAGUGAGUGAUCGAAUAUGUGUUAUUUGGGAAAAAUAUGUGAUUUAAAUUAUAAAAUGAGAUGAAAAAAGCUCGCAAUUGCGACGAUUGUGGGCCGAUUCGGCCAUCAACCUCGGCCCAACGCACAGCUCUGAUUUGAACCCCUCAAAAAACUUCUGAUAACACUGAAAACAGUUGAAUUCAGGGAAAAGGCAAGCAAAUGACCUAUUUCGUGAAAGGAGAAGACGCCGUCCGCCGUCGGGAUCGUAUCCUGAAAGAAAGAGUCAAAUACAGUUCCCUCAAAAACGCCCUCGUCGAGGAUAAAAAACUCGUCUUUGAAUGA